AUGUUGGUAGACGCUGUAGCAGGACAUGAAUUACUGUCCUUUAUGGAUGGCACAGCAGGGUAUCACCAAAUUCCGGUCGCGGAGGAGGACAGACAUAAAACUGCAUUCCGAUGUCCUGGAUUCGCGGGUGUUUUCGAGUAUGUGGUUAUGCCUUUUGGGCUGAAGAAUGCUGGGGCAACUUAUCAGCGAGCCAUGAACCUGAUCUUCCACGAUAUCCUUGGGAAAAUUUUAGAGGUUUACAUCGAUGACGUCGUGGUUAAAUCAAAAGAGAAAGGGAACCACAUCAUAGAUCUCAGGAGAGUCUUCGAGCGAAUGCGCCAACAUAAGCUGAAGAUGAACCCCGCCAAGUGCGUGUUAGGCGUUCAAGCGGGAGAUUUCCUGGGCUUCAUUGUACAUCAGAGGGGAAUUGAGGUCCCUGAGGAUAAAGCGAGCGCGGUCAUCAACGCGUCCCCUCCACAAACUAAGAAGGAGCUACAAUGCCUGCUGGGUAGCUUACUUGCCCAAGACGAUGAAGAAGGUGUCGAGCAUGCCAUUUUUUACCUCAGUAGGACACUUACAGAUUGUGAGACAAGGUACUCUCCUAUGGAAAAGUUGUGUCUCACGUUGUACUUCUCCGCUUGCAAGUUGCGACAUUACAUGUUAUCCUUUACUACAAGCAUCAUCGCUCAAACCGACCUGGUUAAGUACAUGUUGUCGCGCCCUAUUCUAAGGGGCCGCAUUGGCAAAUGGGUAUUAGCUCUAUCCGAAUUUUCGCUACAAUAUGUUCCACAGAAAGCAGUGAAGGGACAAGCUAUUGCAGAUUUUUUGGCAUACCACCCUAUGUUGGAUAUUCCCCCAGUCAAGGAAUUAGAGAUAGCGAUCACCACCACAACUCGACCAGAUUUGGCGCACAUCCCAGAGUAUGCAAUAUGGUAUCAAGCCACUGUCUCACUGCAACCCUGGGUAUUAUUCUUCGAUGGAUCAAGAACAAAAACAUUAGCAGGAGUCAGAAUUGUUCUGGAAAACCCAGCGGGCGAUCGUUUCUCCUAUUCUUUCCAAUUGGAGUUUAAAUGCACUAAUAACCAGGCAGAGUAUGAGGCCCUUAUUAUUGGCCUGGAAGUCUUACUGGAAAUGGGGGUAAGGGACGUUCAGGUACGUUGUGACUCUCUGCUCGUGAUAAAUCAGCUCCAGGAGAAAUACAGGUGUGUAAGCUGUUUGCUCGUGCCAUAUCUCACUCGUGCCAUUGAGCUUUUGGAUCAGUUUGAUGACGUUGAUUUGGAAUACAUACCCCGCGAGCGCAAUUUUGCGGCCAAUGAGCUUGCUCAAUUGGCUACAGGUAUUACACUGAAAUAUGGGGUUCGCGAGCGCAUACUGAAAGUUGAGCGCCGCACGCUGCCUUCAUGGCUCGCACGGCCUGACCCGCCCGACGAUCCGGUCGUCGCUGUCCUAGAACCUAUUGACGUCGAUUGGCGAAUUCCGUUGAUGGCUUACCUCAAGCAUCCAGAUCUUACGACAGACAGGAAGGUUCGUUUUCUUGCCUUGAACUACUUCCUCAGGGGCGAUGAGCUGCGACGACGCGGGGAAGAUGGCAUGGACUUCAGAUGUGUCUAUGGCAGCGAAGCAAAACGGCUAAUGCGCGAGGUCCAUACAGGAAUGGAGGGAAGGAAGUAA